CUCUUUUCUUCGAAAUUGUGAAAUGGAAAUAAGAAUUCAGUUUGAGAACCCGACGUUUUUGGUUUAUUUCAAUUUUUAAUUUUCUGCAAUUUUUAAUUAAAUUUAACGCUUGAAUGGCAAAAAUUGGACGAGCGGCUCGAGCGGUUAAUCGCCUAGACCGCUCGCCAACUGCUACAUAAAACUGGAAUGGCUUUUAAAUUGUUCCGAGCUGAUUUUUUGACCGGAUGACGGUUUUACCGGUCGGGCCUAGCGACUCGGCUAAACUUUAAUAACCCUGAAAAAAGUAAUAUAUAUCAAAUAACCAAUUAGCUAAGCUGUGGUUCACUCAUUUACUAAUCACUGUAAAAAAAAAUUCAGAAAGAAUUUCAUUAGUGAGUAAAGUGGGUGUUAACCCAAGGAAGAUCACAUACAAGUGAGGGACGUAAAGGUAAAAGCACACUCAUCAAGCAAGUGGUCAUAACCUCGUAUCAUUAAGUUACAUGUCAUUACUAUUGCAUACACACAUAUUGGCAACUAUCAACAUUCCACACCAAUGGAUGUCACCCAUCGCAUGCGCAACUAAUAUAUACAUGUAGAAGGUUCUUAAAACCUUUUAACAAAAACUUAUGAGUCAAUGGCCAAAAUCCAAGGUAGCAAUCUAAGCAUAAAAUAGUUGAAGACCAUACCCCGUUAUACCUUCAACUCUUAGCUUUGCCUGUAGCUAUGUAGUUAUCUACUGAUAUUGUUGAUGAUAUGCUUGCAUAAGCAGAGCAAAAUAGGGUCAAGUACUCAUAACUGGGUGAGAAAAUCAUCGCAUCGUUAGUUCACAACAAAGCAUACUCAUAUCAUACAUCUAACAAAGAAGUCAAGAUACUAGGAUCAAAUCUGGUCCAUCCCGACAUCCUAAUAUGUAAGAGAAUCUACCAUCUUGAAUGAUGCAUAUGCAUCUUACCAUGUUUCAAAUACAGGCGUCUGAUUACUCUCAUACGAUUAAAUCUCCCGAAAAUACAUACCAAAUAUCUCUCAGGCUGUUGUCAUAUGUAACACCACUGCGGGCAUGGUUGUAAAUGAUUAUAAGUCAACACCGAUGAUGAUAGCAUAACGUCUAAUAAUAGAAUAAUAACAACAUGGAAAGUCCUAGUUACCAAGUAAACAUGGGACUACUAGGCUUACUGUACAUCUGAUAAUAGAAUACCAACAUGGAUAGCAUAGACUAAUUAUGCCUAGUAAGCAGGUGGGUCGAUUUUAGAUCAAAACCUACUCAACCCGCCGAUUGUCGGGUAUAGCUUGUAUAGCUAGUUCCAACAAAGAGUACUUUUUUUUUGCCAUUCAAAACCCCAGAAGCGGAGAAUGAAAAAGAUAUAAUAUCUGAAAAAGAUCCAAAAGGAUCCUUACAUUCGUAACCAAGAAACGAAGUCGAACCCCUUAAACAUACGGGUCCCAGCAAAGAGUACUCGGUCGCCCCAAAAUUACGGUACCACUACUCUGUGGGGCUGGAGAUUCCCUAUAUGGGCCGAAGUUCCCUCUCUUCUCUUCGGCCCAUUUGUGGGCAAGCCUGGUGCCGAUGCUACCGCGCUGGACUCCCGCCCGCCCCGCCCGUCUUCUUGCUCGUAAGCGGCGGGAGGGUUUAAUGUAGGUUUUGGCUCGCCGACGGAAAACGAUUUGAAUUCGUUGUUUAAGCACAGGUAGAAGGAACUUCCUCGUCUCCCCUGUUGCAGCUGCAGAUUUCCAAAGCGCCAAACGGGAAAGCAGCUCACGCAACGAAUUUGCUUGGGUGACUUAAGGUGCCGUAUUUUCUCCUUUUUUCCCCCCAUUCUCACCCGCUGAAUUACGUCCGCGUUGCUCCUCGAAGCCAACCUUCACUCUGCUUCCUUCUCCCCUAAAGAUUGAGUUCUUCCGUUACUCUUGUGUAAAGCCUAGUUUCUUGACAGUGCAGCUAUGGUGGAUUUUUCAUUUAUGUGUCUAAUUAUUGUGUGAUUUUCACUGUUCUGCUGGUCGACGAAUUUUGACACGGGCCACGUGUUGUAUGGUUUCUGCAGGUCGGAGAGCUUUAUUCAGCAAUCAAUUUGCUAGCUUGCUUAGAAUUAGUUCGAUGGGUAGGGAUAAUAGUAAUUUCUACAACCAGGGUUCAAUGGGGAAGGGUGGGAGAAACAAGGUGAGAAAUUCACUGAAUGCAGACCCACAGCCAACCGUUGUCAGGAAUCAAAUUGACCCGGAAACAAAAACAUACUUCUCGGAGAUUGCAAACCUUUUCGAAAGUAGUGAGAUUGAAUUAGAGGAGCGGUCAGUAAUAUGCAGCAAUGCUCUUGAAGAAGCUAAAGGGAAAGAAUUUGAGCUCGCAACUGAUUAUAUAAUAAGCCAUACUAUGCAAGGCCUCCUCGAAGGAUCCGAUGUGGACCACCUCUGUGGUUUUCUCCGAAGUUGUGCAGGAUUGUUCCCUAUGAUCGCUACUGAUAGAUGUGGUUCUCAUGUGGCUGAGACAGCACUCAAGUCUUUAGCUACAUUUGUUCAGGAGAAUGAUUACUAUUCACUUAUAGAAGAUACUCUAAAUUCCGUAUGCCAGGGGAUUGCAGCCAACCCUAUUGAUAUGAUGUGUAACCAGCAUGGAUCUCAUGUUCUUCGUACACUUCUAUGUCUCUGUGGGGGUGUACGGUUGGAUUCCCCGGAAUUUCAUGGAGUAAAGUCAUCCUCAGCUUUGGCUAAUCGUUUAAACCUCCAAGCAUCUCGAGUAGGUGGGAGUGAUUCUGUGCAUAUUCACCAGGGAUUUCCUGGUUUGCUUAAAGAUAUUGUAUCAGCAAUGUUGAAACAUACCAGAGAAGACAGCAGAAGCAUCCUAGUGGAUCAAUGUAGCAGUUUGGUCCUGCAGACAGCUUUGAAGUUGCUUGCAGGAGAUAAUGAAGAGUUAUUGCAUGUAAUACCGGUCCUGCUUGGCUGCAAAAACCAAAACUUAAUAGAAGGAAACUUGAUAGACAAGACGAUUGCUAGGGAUAUUGUGAAGCUUAUGAAAGAACCUGCGUUUAGCCGCUUGAUGGAAGUAAUAUUGGAAGUGGCUCCUGAAAGUCUGUAUGAGGAGCUGUUCAUGAAACUCUUUAGGAAUUCACUGUUUGAGCUUUCAUCUGAUAAAUGUGGGAACUUUGUGGUUCAAGCAUUAAUUUCUUAUACAAGAGAUGAAGAACAAGUGAAGUUGAUCUGGAAGGAACUUGGCCCUAAAUGUAAAGAUCUACUGGAAAUGGGGUGUUCAGGAGUCAUUGCUUCAUUCGUAGCUGCUAGUCAAAGGCUUCAAACUCAUGGACUCGAGUGCUGCCAAGCUCUUGCGGAUGCAGUGCGUGUGGGGUCGGACGAGUCUCCAAGAUACAUUAUUCCCAGAAUAUUGUUUCUUGAAAAUUACUUCAGAUGUGAGGACAAGUCCUCUUGGGAAUGGCCAAAUGUUUCUAAGAUGCAUGUUAUGGGCUCUCUGAUUCUACAGGCAGUUUUUAAAUUUCCAAGUGACUUCAUAGAGCCAUAUAUCAAGAGUUUCACGUGCAUGGAAACGGAGCAGAUCCUCAAAGUCGCAAAGGAUGCUGGGGGAGCUCGUGUUCUUGAAGCAUUUUUAGAUUCAGACAUCUCUGCCAAGCACAAGCGGAGAGUUAUUUCAAAGCUAAAAGGACAUUUUGGCGAGCUGGCAAAAAACCCGUCUGGUUGCUUCACUGUUGAGAAGUGCUUUACCGUGAGUAACCUGUCAUUGAGAGAGGCCAUAGCAUCAGACUUGGCAACAGUGCAACAAGCGCUGGAACACUCCAAGGCAAAGCAAAGCCUCUACCUCUUAAGGAAGCUGGAUAUUGAUGGAUAUGCCAAGCGGCCUGAUCUAUGGAGAUCAAAGCAAGAGUCGAGACAAGCAACAUACGACGAGUUUUAUGCAGCAUUUGGGAAAACUGAGGAUGCAACAACACAUUCAAGAAAACGAAAGAAAAGGGAGGAGAUUGUUGAUCACUUGCCCUCGGAGGAACAUGCCAAAGAUGUUGAUUCCAAGGGUGGCAAGAGAGUGAAGAAGCACACGGAGAAGGUUGAAUCAGCAAGUGAUGGUCCUCCAAAAACGCCAUUCCUAUCGGAAGAGAUGCAGGGGAAGAAACGGAAGGGGAAGACUGGGCAGUUGAAAGCUUGGAAAUAGUGAACGGCAUGAGCACCUGCUGCCGCUGCCUUCUGCAGGUUCUUCACCAGACCUUUCUGAUUAUCUUUCUUCUUACAGUGUAGCCCCAUAGGACUGUUGGGUGUUUAGCACUUCUAGGUUCGGGGUUACUUUUUGACCUCAAUGAGAGCAUGAUUAAUUUGAUGUAUGAAGAGGAAGUGAUGUUGAAAGCGGCUGAUGAAAGGCAAGCAUGGUAACCAUGUCUUGGUGAAACUUGGUCAAAAUUUUGUACUACAACUACUUGAGCUUGUGUUCAUGCAACUAUACAUUCUGGCUUUUUGGUAGCUCUUUUCAUUGUAUCAACGCUGUAUCAACGAAAGUGACAAGUGCUCGAUAUUUGGUCUUAAAAGAAUGUCGAUAAAGUGGUAGCCAUGGAAGGGAGCAUUCAUCCCAAAACAAAACCCCUCUUCCUACUUUGCUUGCUUUGUGCUGGUCGAAGUAAAACAAAAAAAGAAUCUUCCUACUUUGCUUGCUUUGUGCUGGUCGAAGUAAAACAAAAAAAGAAUUGAAUGUUGCUCUGCUUCUCAUCUAUAAAAGCCUACGUAAUCUACUACAAUCAGUUUAGACCAAAUGAUACCCGCAGAUAUACAAGAACAGACAAGCCACAUUAAAGUAAACACUACCAGUCUACAUUACAUGCUAUUCUUAAACUUCAACACAUCUUUGGCAUCUAGCCCAUACAUCUCGCAAACACUAGCGAUCGCAGUUUCGCUAACAUCAUUAUCUUCAUGUUGCCCGACGAUGAUCUCCUGAAGUUCCCUUGAUGGCUGCAACACCUGCAAGUAUCUUCAGAACAAGGCUUCACAGCCACGGAAGCCAAUAAAUAAACAGCAACCAUGACAUGACAACACCAGCAUGUAUUGAACAUUUAUCAGCAAUGCAAUACAACAUCAGCCCGCUGGACAAUAGGGUGACGGUUUUCCUACUGCAACAACCCUGGCUAACUCUAUAUACGUACGUAAAACCAGUAGCAAGUAGCAAUAACAUCUAUGGGCUUUCAAGAGGUCUACCCGAAUAACUUACAGUAAAGAUU